GGAACAGUGAAUUUUGCAGUUUAACCCUUUGGCUUCAUAAUUUGUUUGUGAUCUAAGCUCAGAAAUCAGCUCAGAUUUUUGUAACAAAGUCCAGUGUUUGUUUUUAUGCCAUAUUUUUUCCUCAGGAUUGUCUUCCUUUGUGUAUUUUUUCUGUUCCAGGGAAAGAAAAAGAAAGCUACAUGAUGUGUACUGGAAAGUGCUCCAAAUGUACUUGCACCAAAUGCAUUGGGAUAGCUUUGCUUCCACUUGCUGUCUGUGCAAUUAUCUCCAACCUUCUCCUCUACUUCCCCAAUGGAGAAGUAUUAGACGCCAGCAGGAUCACCGAUCUGGUCUGGUUUUUCCAUGGGAUUCUGGGAGCUGGGAUACUGGUUUUCUUGCCUGCAUUUAUGAUGCUAGGGAUAGGUGAAGCUGGAUGUUGCGCAAACAAAUGUUGGAUGGUGCUGUCUGUUGUCUUUGCAGCCCUGGGAGCUGCAGGUGGGGUCUACUGUGUGAUCAUUUCAUCUUUGGGCUUAAUCAGUGGUCCUUUGUGUGAUGUCGGCGAUGAGGUGUAUCUCUAUCCUUUCCGGAACAACACUUUGGCAGACAAUUAUCUGCUUAACCAGACAUCUUGGAGCAUUUGCAAAAAACCAGAAAAUGUCAUCCUCUGGAACAUUGUCUUGUUCUCGCUCCUGCUGCUCAUUGGCAUCGCCGAAGCAAUCCUCUGCCUCAUUCAAGUCUUCAAUGGGCUCAUGGGAUUCCUAUGUGGCUCAUGCUUGAGGAAAAGAAAGACUGAUAUUGCAGGAAUGUGACCGUCCUUCAAAGAAAGCUGAAUGCAAACAACAAAUAGGCCAAAUCAACAGCCGGGGCAGUAUGUGUUGCUGUAUAUUUAUAGGAACAAGAAACACAAUGGAUGGCCAUAACUACAAAAAUAGUGCAAAAUAUUUUUGUAUAUAUAAAGAGAAUAUCUGUAUAGUUAGGAAAAAGACAUGUAUGUAAUUUAUUUCAAGGUUUUUUUUGGGGGGGGGGGAUUAUAGUUUCUUUUUAUUUGUCUCUUCUUUGAAAUCAAGCAAACUGGGAAAUUAUUAACCAGGAACCAUGUGGAAAUGGCUUAGGCUAACCAAUAAAAUAUAAGUUGGGCUGCUGUGAGUUUUUCAGGCUGUUUGCCAUGUUUCAGCAGCAUUCUCUCCUAACAUUUUGCCUGCAGGGGAAAACUUGUGCUAUUUUUGGAAUCAGCAGGUCAAAUAUUCCCAGAAACAGGCCUAAUAUUUGGAGCACCAAAAUGUGUGUUGGCCAGUGUUAAUGAGCAAAGACACAUAAUCCAAGGCAGGCUGCAGCAGUUUGCUUUUGCUUGAGCCUUUUGCAAAGAGCAAGAGUCUUUCCGCUCUUCUCUGCUAUCCAAAUUGAAUGCAAACUGAUAUUGUACUUUGAACUUGGGCUGAAUCUACAUUCCCGUAUAAUACAGUUUGGAGCUGCACUAUUUGGCAGUGUAGAUCCAUCUGCAAUAGCCUUCACUACAUGUUUCCUGGUUGCCAGUUUCCACUCACAGACUCUAAGAGAAACAUAACAAUUUUGUGCUUUUUUGAUUGGUGCUGUUUUAUUUACCAGGGAUGCCCAGGGCCAGCUCUCUUAGAUAAGUUGGUGCCUCUAGUCUUAGCCUAAGGGUCAAACAAAACAUUUAGCAUGAUUAUAUAUAUGUCCCCCACCCUCCAACUAGUAGAAAGAUGUGUUUGUCACAAUAUAUAUUUUUUUCUUCUCUGUAUCUUAUACUUAGUAUGCUUUGUUUAUUUAGUCACUGGAAUGUAAACAUAGUUUUAAUUUGUCUGAUUGCUACAGCAUGUAUGACCGAGAAACUCCCACUGUGGGAGUAAAAAUACAUUAACAGUAGCUUAAUAUGUGUGCCCUUUGACAUCUCAAUUGAUUGUUAUUGAGCUGCUAUUGAUACCUCUGAAGUUCACUAAGGACAAGAUAAUGUUGAUGUAUGUAUUCUGUUCUAGAGGUGUGUUUAUGUAAAUUACCCUCAUUGGUCAUCUGGGCUACCACCUGUAUUUUGGCUAAUCUGUAAAUAUUAAAAUGUUGUUUGUUCUUAUUAUUAAAUACAUACUUUAAAGUCAAA